ACUUAAUCAAUGUUUAACUGCAGAGUUGGCAGUUUUAUGAGUCUUAAAGACCAAAGACCUGGCUGAGUCAGACUUUGAGCUCCUCAUGCAUUGACGGAUCUCGGAUCUUAGAGAAAAACAGGGCUUAAGAAAAACAAAAAAUCAAACCAUGAGCACAGACGCUGUCAUGUCUCCGAAGAUCACGGUGGAGCUGCUGAGGAACCUGAGGCAGGCGAUGAAGAAUGGAAAAUACUUCGCCGAGCCCAUCCAUGCGUACAUCGUCCCUUCAGGAGACGCACACCAGAGUGAAUACAUCGCGCCAUGUGACUGCAGACGUGAGUUUAUCUGUGGAUUUAACGGCUCGGCAGGCACUGCUAUCGUGACGGAGCAACAUGCCGCCAUGUGGACGGACGGACGCUACUUCCUUCAGGCCAGCCAACAGAUGGACAACAACUGGACUCUAAUGAAGAUGGGUCUGAAGGAGACGCCUUCGCCGGAGGACUGGCUCAUCAGCGUCCUGCCAGACAACUCCAAAGUGGGAGUCGACCCCUGGAUCAUCGCUGCUGAUCAGUGGAAAAGCAUGGCGAAAGCUCUGAACAGCGCCGGACACAGUUUGGUUGCCGUUCAAGAAAAUCUAAUCGAUGCAAUUUGGGAGGACCGACCCGCUCGACCCAGCACUCAGCUCAGCGUUCUGGGGCUCAGAUAUACCGGUCUGAGCUGGCAGGACAAGAUCGUGCAGCUGAGGGGGAAGAUGGCCGAGAGGAAGAUCUCCUGGUUCGUGGUGACGGCCCUGGACGAGAUCGCAUGGCUUUUUAACCUGCGUGGCUCAGAUAUCGAGUACAAUCCUGUGUUCUUCGCAUACGCCAUCAUCGGAAUCAACAGCAUACGGUUGUUCAUGGACGGGAAGCGUGUCGAGGACCCGGUGGUGAGGCAGCACCUGGAGCUGGACACAGCUGCUAAGCCUGAGCUGAGUGUGCAGUGUUUACCGUACGAGUGUGUGUACUCGGAGCUGCAGGCCGUGUGCUCAGCUCUCGGCCCUAAAGACAAGGUGUGGAUCAGCGACAAGGCCAGCUGUGCUCUCACCCAGGCCAUCCCUAAGAUGCACAGAUCUCCAAUCCCGUACACACCUGUGUGUCUGGCUAAAGCAGUGAAGAACCCCACAGAGACACAGGGCAUGAGGAUGGCACAUGUUAAAGAUGCCGUAGCGCUUUGCGAGCUCUUUGCCUGGCUGGAGAAAGAGAUUCCGAAAGGUACUGUGACUGAGAUAUCAGCUGCGGAUAAAGCUGAAGAACUACGCAGUCAGCAGAAGGAUUUUGUCGGUCUCAGUUUUCCCACCAUCUCCAGCGUGGGACCAAACGGCGCCAUUAUUCACUACCAGCCGCUUCCUGAGACCAACAGGACUCUGUCUCUUAAUGAAGUUUACCUGAUCGACUCUGGAGCGCAGUACAAGGAUGGAACAACGGACGUGACGCGUACGCUGCACUUCGGGACUCCAACAGACUAUGAGAAGGAAUGCUUUACAUACGUCCUGAAGGGCCACAUCGCCGUCAGCGCGGCUGUUUUCCCCAAUGGAACUAAAGGUCACCUGCUGGACUCGUUUGCACGUGCCGCUCUGUGGGAGUCUGGACUGGAUUACCUGCACGGCACCGGCCACGGAGUCGGCUGCUUCCUCAACGUCCACGAAGGACCCUGCGGCAUCAGCUACAAAACCUUCGCUGAUGAACCGCUGGAGGCUGGAAUGAUCCUCAGUGAUGAGCCUGGAUAUUAUGAGGACGGCUUGUUCGGCAUUCGACUGGAAAACGUCGUGCUGGUCGUUCCUGCAAAGCCUAAAUAUAACUACAGGAAUAGAGGCAGUCUGACGUUCGAGCCCCUGACGCUCGUCCCCAUUCAGCUGAAGAUGAUUAACACUGAGCUGCUGACACAGAAAGAGCGUGACUGGCUGAACGAUUACCACCGGCAGUGCCGUGAGACGGUUGGCGCCGAGCUGGAGCGGCAGGGCAGGAAGGAGGGCCUGGAUUGGCUGAUCAGGGAGACUCAGCCAAUCACAUAAAGUCAAACUUGACUAAUUUUUAUUUAACCCAGUCCUAACUGAUCGAAUCAGAAAUGACUUUUCUCUGAAUUUUUGCUUUGAAUUCUCUGCAAGCUGACUUUGUGAAGCACAUGAACACAAACACACUCAGCACUUCUUUUACAAAACAAUAAAACCAAGAGUGCUGAACUCCA